UUGACAGACACCAAUACGUCUUCCGUAGAGUUCGUUCAGUACGCCAAGCGCGCCAUGCGACUCGUCGCGGAAGAUGCCUUGGCCGAAUUCCCCUUUACGACCGUCAAUAUUAACACGCCGUGUGGACCGUGUCGAGGUCGGCACCCGCUGGAUCCGACCACCAUUUGCGCCGUAUCGAUCAUUCGCAGCGGUGACUGUUUACUGGAAGCCGUCCGGGAAAUCGAACCGUCCUGCAAGGUGGGCAAGAUUCUCAUACAGCGUGAUGAAGCGCAUCCCGACAAGAUUGCCCAACUCUACUACCGCAAACUACCCGCCGGGUUGGCGGAUAUGCACGUUUUGCUCUGCGAUCCCAUGCUAGCGACGGGAGGUUCCGCCCUCUGCGCACUCGACCUACUCUGCCGCGAGUACCAGGUACCGCCCUCCAAAAUCAUCUUUUGUAACAUGAUUUGUGCGCCGGAAGGCUUACGCAUUCUGGCCGAACGUUAUCCCGCCGUCAAAAUCGUCACGGCCUGUGUGGACGAAGGCUUGAACGACGACAAAUUCAUUGUACCGGGCGUGGGGGACUAUGGUGACCGAUUUUUCAACACUUUGUAAAUAUGGACGGGUGUAUUCCCGGUGUGUCGAUCUGUGUAGGCCAACCAGGAAUGGGUGAGUGGGCGCAUACGUAAAUACACGUGUGGGCCUAGUCACGGUGCACAAAAUGCGCGCAUACACACAUGCACACACAUACACAACCUAUACAUUGACACGCGUUUCUACUCGAGAGCUAUCUAUUGUAAAAAGACGCACUAUAGGAUUAUUCACAUUCCUUU